AGAUGAGACAUAAUAAAUAAGUCAGAGCAAAACGCGGAGAACUGUUAUACUAGUUGGAGUAAAUGGAAGCACCAUUGCUCUCCGCCGAACACCACCACCAGCUCAUUGGGCUUGACGGUGAUUAUCGACCCGUUAAUGGCCUGAAACAAUGGUUGGUUAUCUUUUGGAUUGAGACAGUGAAGCUAUGGGAGAUUGGAGGUCCAAUUGCUUUCAAUAUUCUUUGUCAAUACGGGAUCUACUCCAUUACGGUUGCUUUCUGUGGUCAUCUUGGUGCUGUUCAGCUCUCUGCUGUUUCUGUUGCUCAAAAUGUCAUUGGAACUUUCUCUUUCGGCUUCAUGUUGGGCAUGGGGAGUGCUCUGGAGACUCUGUGUGGACAGGCAUUUGGUGCUGGGCAAAUACAUAUGCUUGGGAUUUACACACAGCGGUCCAUGGUUAUUCUAUUAUUUAGUUCAUUCCUUCUGUUGCCAAUUUAUAUUUUUGCAACUCCGGUACUUAAGCUUUUAGGCCAAGAACAUGAUAUGGCUGUUCUUGCUGGGAAAUUUGCCCUGUUGUCAAUCCCCGAGUUGUUUUCGUUGGCGGUCACUAUUCCCACCUCGAAAUUUCUGCAAGCACAGAGUAAAGUGAGUGUGCUGGCUUGUAUUGGUUUUGUGGUUCUUUUACUACAUGCACUUCUGCUAUGGUUGUUCAUAUAUGUAUUCAACUUGGGUAUAAAUGGGGCUGCGUUAGUAUUUAAUAUUACAGGUUGGGCCAAUGCAAUAGCUCAAUCUGUCUACGUGGUAGUUUGGUGUAAGGAUGGAUGGACGGGAUGGUCUUUGUCGGCAUUGAAUGACAUUUGGGCAUUUGUUAGACUCUCGAUUUCCUCGGCUGUUAUGUUAUGCCUUGAAAUAUGGUACAUGAUGAGUAUUAUAGUCCUCACGGGACAUCUCAAGGAUGCAGUUAUUGCUGUUGGAUCCCUCUCUAUUUGCAUGAAUGUUGAUGGGUGGGAAGCAAUGUUGUUCAUUGGAAUCAAUGCUGCCAUAAGCAUUCGAGUCUCAAAUGAGCUUGGGCUAGGGCAUCCCAGGGCUACCAAAUAUAGUGUAUAUAUCACAUUGUUUCAAUCACUCCUCAUUGGGAUACUCUGCAUGAUACUAGUACUGGCAGUAAGAAAUCAUCUGGCCAUUCUUUUCACAAACAGCAAGGAUUUGCAACGAGACGUUGCUGGCCUUGCUUGGCUUCUCGGAAUAACCAUGCUUCUUAAUAGUGUUCAGCCUGUAAUAUCAGGUGUUGCUAUUGGAGGUGGAUGGCAAGGUUUAGUGGCUUGUAUCAAUUUGGGAUCUUACUAUGUUUUUGGUAUACCUCUAGGAUAUAUGCUUGGUUAUGUCGUUAACUUUGGAGUCGUGGGUCUGUGGGGAGGAAUGAUAGCAGGACUUGCUUUGCAGACACUACUACUCUCAUUUGUACUCUAUAGAAUUGAUUGGAAUAAAGAGGUUGAGCAGUCUGCAGCGCGCCUACGCAAGUGGGGAGGUCAAGACUUUGAAGCUGAGAAAACUCUUAUUUCAGAGUCUACGAAGGACUUACCAUAAGAGUAUGAAGAGUCUUCAUCUUUGUGUUUUUUAACCACUUAAUGAUUUUGGGUAGAAAUCUACAUGUAGUGAAUGAAGUGGAGCCUAAAUCCAUGUCAGAUGCCACGGUGGAUGACAGCAAGUUAUGAGGUGUACACGGGUAAAAUACGGAUCAAAAGGUUAACGGAUUUUGUAGCGUGACCAGGCUAAAAGAUACUCUUAACAUUGUGAGUUGGGAACUGUUAGUUUUAAUAGAAACAUAGCUGUAAUUUAGAAGAUUAGGCUAUGAGAUGUUUGUUUGUUGUGCUCUUUCUCCUUUCUUGUUCUGUUGCUUUCCCACUCUCUUGCUUGUAGUUCAGCUUAUCAGUGAAUGAUAUAAGUCCUUUUAAGCCCAA